CGCAUGGAAAAACCGCUGGAUGACGUCACCUGUGGUGGUGGGUGUCCAACACGUGAAAACAUGCUACUAAAAAUCGCCAACGGAGAUGAUUCAAAAGAGACAGCAUCAAUUUCAAGUCAGGAACUAAUUCUACUAACUGGUGCAGGAGGAGAAAGAAAAAGAAAAACAAUUUUGACAAAAUACGGAUCUGACAUUAAAUGUACGGCUAACAAACACUACAUCUCUUAUGAACUUAUAGACAACUUAAGACGAAAAGCCCUAGAAACUAUAAAAGAACAAC